AGUUUUCGCCACUGAAACAUGCUCUACUUCUUUUCCGUAGACUUUAGUUUCAAACAAAGGGCUUGCAGGGGUUAGUCGUCUUAUUUUGACAGUUCAAACAGGAAUUGCCAGUGUACAGUUACACAUUUGACACACUUUUGAACUUCAGUAGUAGUAUGAGGGUACGUGGUGCUUUAACCAGGAGUUAUUUUCUCAGGUAGUGAUCAGCUUUCGGCUUGACAAAAAGGAGCGGACCGCUAUCGAGGAGAGCAGCCGGACACGCAGCAUGCUUCCCCGCAGGCAGGACUACGGGGCGCGCAGCGGCUCGGUCAUAAACUUUAGGACGACCGUGAGCCCGGGCUCGGUCCGCCGCAGCGCCGCGGUGCUGCCGUCCGUGCUGACGUUCCUGGUGAUCGUAGCAUCCGGAGGCCUGCUGCUCAUGAUAGAGAAAGGAAUGCUGAACAGUAUGGAGACGCCUUCACCGCGGGGUAGCCAGGCCAGGCGGCUGGACUUCAUCAGGCAGGCUGGGAAACACAGCCCGGAUAGCGCCGACGUGGAGUCCCAGAUCCUCCAGGAGAUCCGUAACAGGACCAUAAAGACCGUGUGCAGCCAGAAGAACAUGCCCCACAGCAUCUGGUCCCUGAGCCCCCUGCAGAGGAAGACGCUGCUGCAGCACAUCCUGGUGAACGACGAGUACCACUUCCUCUACUGCUACGUCCCUAAAGUGGCCUGCUCCAACUGGAAGAGGGUCCUCAAGGUCCUGAGUGGGGCCCUGGAGAACGUGGACGUCAGCAUCAAGAUGGACCACCGCAGCGACCUGCUCUUUUUGUCCUCCCUGAAGCCCGAGGAGAUCCGCUACCGCCUCAAGCACUACUUCAAGUUCAUGUUUGUGCGGGAGCCCAUGGAGCGUCUGCUUUCCGCAUACAGGAACAAGUUCGGAGAGAUCCAGUCCUACCAGAAAAAGUAUGGCGUGGAGAUCAUAAAGCGGUACCGAAAGGGACACGCCAAGGACGCAUCCGUAACGGGAGACGACGUGACCUUCGCAGAGUUUGUCCGCUACCUGCUGGAUGAGGACGCGGAGCGCAUGAACGAGCACUGGAUGCCCGUGUACAACUUGUGCCAGCCGUGCGCCGUUCCGUACGAUUUCAUUGGGUCCUACGAGAACCUUGAAAGAGACGCAGAGUUUGUGCUCGAGCGCAUUGGAGCGCCUCCUUAUGUCCACUUCCCAGAGAGGCAAACGUGGUACAAGCCGGUCACCGUGGAGACAUUACACUAUUACUUGUGCAGCUUACCGCAGAAGCUGCUCAGGGAACUGCUGCCCAAGUACAUUCUAGACUUUUCUCUAUUUACAUAUCCCCUCCCAAACACAACCACUGCACACUGCCGGCAUUAAAGUUGCAAUGUUUUAUAGUUGUGAAAUUAUUUUUAUAGAGAAUCAUUUGUACUAUUUUUAUUCCUAGGAAACAAACAGUAUUUGGAGAGCUGUUACACAUUUUUACUUGAGAUGUCUGCAAAAUGCUCAUUACAGAGAAAGACACUUGAGUUUAAAACCACUAAAGCUUGAACUCAUUAUCGUUAUGUUGUUUUGACUGUUACAGUAAAUGAACCAACUCAGUAUCUAACGACGAAAGUGUUACGUUGUAAGACCAAAGUGUGUUUUGUUUCUUCAUGUUCGUUUAAUGGCUGUAACACAGGCAUUUAAAAAGCGGGUUGAGGGUUUCAAGUCAAGGUGGAUAUUCUUCCGUUAAGUCUCUCACUCCCAGUUACUAAAACCAAAAAUGAACGUUUGGCGGAGCGCACAUUUGCCGUUUCUG